GUUUAUUCUUAGGAACACCCAAUUUUAUUUCACUUUUGUUUUGUUUAUUCUUAGGAACACGAGAUUGGAACUUGCGUUGAAAGAUCUUUCCUCUUUUUUCUUGGGAUCAUCUUUACAAAUUAACUUUUCUUCUUACCUCUCUUACUAUUAUUGACUCCAUCCUAUUUUUCAGUGCAGUUAGAUUGAUUUGGAUGAGAAACUUUGGUUUGGAUUGUGAAAAGGUUGAAUUGGUAGGUUUUUGGUGGAGGAACGAAGGUUGUUAAUGGGCAAUACAUGCCGGGGAACUUUUGGUGCAAAAUUUCAUCAGGGCGAAGGUCGGCCCGAGGACCAUUCUGUUGUAAAUUCCAAUUCCAAUACCACUAAUAAAAGAAACGAUUCUGAUUUCUCAGAUUAUUCUCCAAAUACUUUGAGAAAUCAACAAUUGGUUGGUCAGGAGUUUGGUGAAGAUAAUCCUAAGAAAGAUUAUAAUUCUGUGGUAGUUGUAUCAAUGAUUAAUGAUAAUAAUAACAUGAAGAAACAAAGUGAUAACCAAGCUUAUUAUGUUUUGGGUCAUAAAACUGCUAACAUUCGUGAUCUUUACGUGCUGGGUCGUAAAUUGGGGCAAGGGCAAUUUGGUACUACUUUUCUUUGCACUGAGAUCUCCACCGGAAAUGAGUAUGCUUGUAAAUCGAUAUCAAAAAGGAAAUUGAUAUCUAAGGAGGAUGUGGAGGAUGUUAGGAGAGAGAUUCAGAUAAUGCACCAUUUGGCUGGUCACAAGAACAUUGUGACCAUUAAGGGCGCUUAUGAAGAUACUGUAUACGUGCACAUUGUUAUGGAACUUUGUUCGGGAGGAGAGUUGUUUGACCGCAUUAUUCAGAGGGGGCAUUAUACUGAGAGAAAGGCAGCUGAAUUGACAAAGAUCAUUGUUGGGGUCGUUGAAGCAUGCCAUUCCCUUGGGGUGAUGCAUAGGGAUCUUAAGCCUGAGAAUUUCUUGUUGGUUAACAAGGAUGAUGAUUUCUCCCUUAAAGCUAUCGACUUUGGGCUCUCAGUUUUCUUCAAACCAGGUCAGGUCUUUACAGAUGUGGUUGGAAGCCCUUACUAUGUUGCGCCUGAGGUUCUUCUAAAGCAUUAUGGUUUUGAGGCUGAUGUAUGGACUGCUGGAGUUAUUUUGUACAUAUUGCUCAGUGGUGUACCACCAUUUUGGGCUGAAACACAGCAGGGAAUAUUUGAUGCAGUUUUGAAGGGUCAUAUUGAUUUUGACUCAGAUCCGUGGCCCGUCAUAUCUGACAGCGCAAAGGAUCUGAUCAGAAAGAUGUUGUGUUCAGACCCUAAAGAACGUUUAACAGCUCAUCAAGUCUUAUGUCAUCCUUGGAUUUGCAAAAGUGGGGUUGCACCGGAUAGAGCAUUGGACCCAGCUGUACUUUCUCGUCUCAAACAUUUCUCUGCAAUGAACAAGCUGAAGAAAAUGGCUUUGAGGGUGAUAGCUGAAAGCUUGUCAGAAGAAGAAAUUGCUGGAUUGAAAGAAAUGUUUAUGUCAAUGGACACUGAUAAUAGUGGUGCAAUUACAUUUGAGGAGCUGAAAGCUGGUUUAAAAAGAUAUGGCUCCAACCUAAAAGAUAUAGAAAUACGCAAUCUGAUGGAUGCGGCUGAUAUCGACAACAGCGGUACAAUUGAUUAUGGUGAGUUCAUAGCUGCUACUAUCCAUCUGAACAAGCUUGAACGCGAGGAACAUCUCAUUGCAGCCUUUCAGUACUUUGACAAGGAUGGAAGUGGAUCAAUUACCAUUGAUGAAAUACAGCAAGCCUGUCAAGAACAUGGUCUUAAUGAUCUUUACCUUGAAGAUGUCAUCAAGGAAGUUGAUCAAAAUAAUGAUGGCACAAUUGAUUAUAGCGAAUUUGUCGCAAUGAUGAGGAAAGGUGACGGUGGGGUAGGGAGGAGGACAAUGCGUAUGAGCAUGAGAGAUGGACCUUCUCAAUAGUCUUUCUGUUUGUUUUUUCUACAGAUACAUGCGCUUUUCCUCUCAUUUAGUUGAGUUCAUGAACAUUUUAUGAGCACUCCUAAAUGGGUAUUGGGUUACAGGUUUGUACAGCAAUGGAUGAUGAAGCCUUGAGAUAUAGUUUUGUUCUUCCACGACUUCUUGUACGGAUGUUUUUAUGUAAAAUAGAAUUUGACAUUCUGCAAUGAGCGGUCUGAAAAUAGUUGCGUAACCGAAUCUGUAGAUGAUAUGUGAAUGUGUUGAUUUGACUAUUUCUUUGUAGGCAAGCUUGGAGUUGGAGGUUUAUGCUUAUUCUGUAACUGUAAACUUUUACUUUAUAUUGUUUUUGUUAGGUUGCCCUUUGAAAAGAAGAAAAAGAUGUUUUAUCUACGCAGCUGCCAAUGUAAGUUUUGAAAAGGGCUCAAAUGGGAACAUGGCUUUACAUUUUACAA